UACAUAGAUGCGUUUCACAAUCAUUUGCAUUUUCUGCCUGGCAGCUGUGGUCCUGGCUGUCGACAUGGACUCGGAUUCCUUACAGGAUCAGUACGAAAGGGAACAGUACAAUAUACGCAAAAAAAUUUGCCUGCAAAGUAUGGAAUACGGAAAGUGCAAGGGCCGCCGGAAACUUUGGUACUACAACACCGACAAAUCCAAUUGCCAACCUUUUAUCUACUCCAAUUGUGGUGGCAAUGGCAAUCUUUUCUAUACCAAAGAAAGUUGUAUGGAAUUUUGUGGUAGAUACAACUGGAAGAAGGGUCGAAAGACAGGUCGCCUGAGUACAGCUGCUGCUAGAAGUAAAGAUGGAAAUUAAAUGCCUUUUUCUAUCUACUUGAAUAAAAUAUAAUAUAUUUUA